AUGCGAGAUUCAAAAGGCUUGUCUAGGCCUGUUUUCCAGCUUCGCACCGCGGGGAAUGAGAUGGCCGCAGAAGUGUCCAACGCGUGUAGGUCCACUCUAUCCAAGCCCCUGUGUAUGGUAGCCCAGCAGGGACACAUCAGGGGGUGUCGGUUGCUGCGUGAGGGGAAGGCUAUAGAAGAUUACGACGGGAUGAGGGGAGGGGGGGGGGGGUGUUUGGGGAGCACGGGAUUCUCAGACAAAUCCAAACAAACAGAGAUUGCGAACCCCUGCUGGUGA